AUGCAGGGCCAAGCUCAGCUACUCCACCCUGGUGAUGCAAAGUAUGAAGAGCAGAUGGUCAAAGGAGUCCGUGGCCUUUCCGUACAGCUGGUGUGUGGCGACGUGGUCUCACCCAUGGUCGUUUUCUGGAGCUUCACCAAGCAGGGCUCGCUCAUCCCCAGGGCUGUUGCUAUCAGCAAUGGGAUAGAAUCCAAGGUAGAGAAGGCUUCUGUGGUCCUGGGGCAGGUGAGCCUGAGAAAUGGCACCCUGGAGGUGAGGGACCUGCAGACAGCUGCUGAAGGGCACUUCAUGUGCCAAGCCAUGUAUGAGGAAGAAGAAGAGAUCAGAGUUGGCUACUUCUACAUAGAGCUGGUGGUUUUGGGGAAGGGCCAGCUGGAGCUGCACCCCAUCACAGACACCAGCUUGUGUGAUGUGGCGCUUGUAGCCACACUGCAGUUUAAACUAGGUACAGUUCCUGUUUCAAAGCCCUUCCUCCAAAUGAACAACUCUACACCAGUAGAAGGUAUGGGCAUCGUGAUGACAUGCUCUGUGAAGGAGGGGACACCCCUGCUCAGGUACUCCUGGCACCACUACACCAGUCGGGACAGCACAGGGACUGUGGCUGAAACUGCCAGUGGCCUGCUGAACCUGAUGUCAGCCAACCGGACACACAUGGGCUGGUACACCUGCACUGCCCACAAUGAAAUCAACAGCCAGACCAGCGAGCCCAUGUAUCUUGAUGUCAUUUAUGGCCCUGAUGAACCUGUGAUCAGUAUUGAGCCAUUUGCUAUUAACCAUAACGGCUUCUCAGCUAACGAGCAGGAGGAGGUGAUCAUGACCUGCCUGGCCUCUUCUAACCCACCCAGCCACUAUCUCUGGUUUUACAACAGCUCUCAGGUCUACUCUGGCCAGAAAUAUGUGAUAGCCAAGAUCUCCCGGGCUCAGACAGGCACUUACACUUGCCUGGCCCAAAACAUCCACCUCAACACACGCACUCAGACCACCAUCAUCCUCACCGUCUACUAUCAGCCCCAUGGGAAGCCCAGCUGCACUCCAUUCCCUGCCUCCAAUUUUCAGGACAUUGCUCUGCAAUGUUUGUGGCCUGGUGGGUUCCCCCCAGUGCAGCUGCGGUGGGUGAAAUCCAGCCAGGAAGCAAACACCGGGGUGGCCUACUCCAAUGCCACCAGCAUCCAGCGAGGCAUGGACAUCCAGAAUGGCAGCAUGUACACCUGCCUGGCUUUCCACCCAGGAAUCGGGGAGAAGGCUGUCUGCAAGACCACUGUCUGGGCCCCUGGUGGGAACCCCACCUGUUCUGCUAUGGCCACCAAGCAGAAUGAGUUCCUCAUGCUAUCCUGCAACUGGCAAGGGGGGAUGCCCCGUGUCACACUCUGGUGGAGAGAUUGGAGGAACCAUGUGCUGGGAGGCUUGAAACAGUCCAGCAACAUCUACGUCAUGAAGUCCAACAGCAGCCUGGGUGGCAAGGAGUUCACCUGCAUCGCAGCCCACCCUCUCCGGGCCAGAGCAAUAGAGUGCCGCAUCCAGCUGGAAGUCCCCAGGCUGGUGGCGGAGAGCACUGAGGUGUCGCUAUUUGAAGGUGACGAGGUCCAGCUGGGCUGCAUGCUGCAAGGGCCCCAUCUGGGCUCUGAAGUUUUCUGGUACAACAACAAGAACCAAGUGAUCAGACCAGAUGCUCAAAAAUAUAGGCUGCAGCAGAGUGGCACCUGGUUCAAGCUGACCAUCCGGGACACGGAGUGGCCGAGUGACAGUGGCACCUACCGCUGUGCAGCCGUGAAUGCUGUGGGCAACACCAGCCUCCCCAUCAGCCUCCAUGUGAAAAAGUACCCGGUGCCCCCCAACGUGACAAUCAGCAAGCUGAUGUACACCCGGCAGCGCACCGAGGUGCAGCUGGAGUGGGUGACGCAGGGUUCAGGGAACCUCACUGGCUUCAUGGUCCAGCGGCGAGACACAAAGAGAACCUUCUCAAACUCGUCCAGGUCAGUGGACAGCCUCUGGGAAACUGUGGCCAGCGACAUCGAGCCUGACAUCCGGGACCACCGGCUGGGCGGCCUGGACCCGGCAAUGGUGUAUGCCUUCCGCAUCCUGGCUGUCAACCACCGCACCACCGGGCACCCCUCCGAGAUGAAGACACCAGCUGAUCCACCUUUCAACGCCUACCCUGCCGUGAUUGGGGCCGCGGUGGCAGGGAUGAUAGUGGCGACAGUUCUCUCUCUUCUGGUGUUUCAGUACAUCAUCCGGAACCGUGCGAACAACCCAAGGCUGCACGACAUGCUCCUCCGAAUGGCUGGCCUGGAGGUACGUGAGCACAUCAGCACACCAGAAGACGCUGAGACUGCAUCAGGCGUGGAAGACAGAGGAGGCGAGGGGCUCAGCGGCACAGCAGCCUCUGCUGCCCCUGUGGUAGAGGCAUCAGCAGAGGGCAGUUCAGCACCAUCUGCCAUGACAAAGGAGACUCCUUCAGCUCCAGAAGUCGCUGCUGAGGAUGCCCCAGUUGAAGUUACAAUCACCGUGACCACUACUUCGUGAACACUGGUGGGAACCCUGCCAGACCUGCCCAGCAACACCUCCUGGAAGGUGGUCUGCAGUCAGAUAUGGGGAAGGGGAGCUGGGAGGACCUGAGAGCAGGACUGGGAUAACUUGGCUGCUGUAGGAGGAGGAGGGUGAAACAGCCCCAUCUUACGGAGAUGCUGGCUCUGCCUGGGACACACCACAGGUGGGAACCAAAGCACAGCCUAGAGGUGGAGCUCAAUGCAUGGAGAAACCGCCAGACAGACACUGUAAGAUGCCUUUCUCCCCUCUGAUCAGCAGGGCAGCGCCUUCCUGGCAAGCCAACUGCAUAGCUCAGCUCACUGUGCAAAGCACCGCAGUGCCUGACCCAGGUCCUGUGCAGAGGGUUUGGAAAGCACCUGCUCCCCUCUGCAGGCUCUUGAGUGAUGAUGGGAAGCUGCAUGUGGACAUGCAGACUGAACCUGUAGGGCAACAUGGGGCUUCAUUGGACAAUAAAGCAGGGCCUAUCAACUAGAGCCAGGGUGCGUUCCAGCCCCCUGUACUGACAGAGACAAGCACCAUUUGGCACCAGUGGCAUUUCUGUACCCCCAUUACACCAGCAGCUGCUUCCUACUCCAGUUCUUUGCUUUGCAGUCUAGUGCUCUAGGGUCACUGAACAGAUCAGAGGAGGGACCAUGUGGGCAGGCAUCUGGGUCCAGGAUGGCAGCAAACCACACCAGCACUCUGUAAAAGCCCUUGAGAUUCUGCAGACACCUCCCUCCCUUUAGGCCCUACAGGCUGUCACAUGCUUAAUGGAAGCUGAGUGGAACCUGUUAUAAUCUGGACCUGUGAACCUUUCCAGCACAGAGCAGGGGAGAUAGGACUGAGAAGGUAGAAGGAGCAUGCCCCAAACUCAGCCACAUAUUGCACGCAGGGCAAGGGUUUUAUUCUUGAAAGCACACCUUGCAGAUGAGCUGCCACCAGCUCCUGCAGCGUACAGUAUGGUCCAUCCCUCCAUGCUUGACCAGAGCCAGGGUGGGACAGGCGCACUAGGCCUAGCUGGGGAUGGGGGGAACAGCCUGUGUAUGUUCACAAAUCCAGCCACUCACCUAAAGCUGAACUCUUGGAAAUCUGCUCCCUGUGCCUGCAGAGCUGUCCUUAUUACCUCUGCAGACAUCUCAGGAGUCCUUUCUUUCUUAAAGGGCAGAGCUGAGUUCCCAUUCUGGGGUCUCCUGUUACAUAACCCCUUUCCCCCAGUGUCUGCCAUGGGCUUUUGCUUUUUGCCUUAGGAGUCUAGCGGAUACAAAAUAGCUGCCUCUGCCUUCUCCUCUGGGGAGCUGGCUUUAAUUUUCAGUUAAUUUUUAUUUAACUCUGAUGUGUAAGCAACACUUUGGAGAAAGGCAGCAACCCCUUCUCCUUUACCCUACCCAGGCCCAGUUCAGCAUAUCUGGGCAAUGUUGACAUUUCUAUGGGGAAAUGCGAGCAGAGGAAGAAGCAUUUCCUUCUCCAGCAGGAAGGAGCCAAAAGGAUGCAAGUGAGAGUGGAGGGACCUGGAAUACAUAUUAGUAUAGCUGCAAGGCCUGAGGGAGGCUUGCUUGCCUGUCAGUUUGCUGCGGACAGGAUACAGAAGCAGAGAGGGAGAUUGAAAAGCUCCGUAUCAUCAACAGAUGUGUGCACUGCACCCCCUCCCCUUGCCUCAGAGUGCUAGCAGGGGACCGGGGUCUGGCAACACUCCCACUCCUUGAACAGCGAGCUGGGAAAAGCCUGGGACUGCAGGCAGGCUGGGGGUUUACACUCCUCUAUAGUCAGAGCCCUGCUGGGGCCUGGCCAUACCCCACUCAGCUCAGCUCUGCAAGGGAAGGGAGGGCUGCUCUAGUGCUCCCCUCCCCUCUGGCUUCCAGCCUGAGCCACUGCAGGCAUGUGCCUGAAUUUCCUCGGUCCAGAGAGAAUGUCUGUAUGGUUGGAAACUGGUUCAGCCUAGCCAGGUUAGACUAACCUGCAAAGGUUGAAUCAAUUCAGGCUCAGGCUUUUUGAGUUUAUCCCUAGCCUUACUUAACUUCAGACUAACACAGCUAAAUAUGGCUCUCAGCCUUGCAAGGCUAGUACAGCAGGAAGCCAACCAGCCCCCUGCUCCUUUCCUAACCACUGCUUAUCCCAAGCCCCUAGUGCUGCCAGUGCCAUCACAGCCUGGGUCACUCAGGCUGGAGCUGGAGAAGGCAGACAAUAACCUUCUGUGGCACUGCCAAAGAGCCACUUGCUUUGUGCUUGUUAACUGCUGACCCAAGUACCGUCCUCCACCACCCAGCUGCUGAGCCGGGGAGGGAUGUCCCAGGGGGCUGCCUGCAGCCUGCCAAGCCUUCACAAUGCUGGGAUCUUCCAGCUGAAGAGGACUCCUGGAAGGGGUUGCUGCCACCAAGUGUGCUAUUUCAUGCCUUUUACCAAGGUGGGCACUGUUAUCUCCAUUGAAGGAGUGGCCAGUCUAAAGCUCUGAGAAGCAGUUACAGGCCUGGUGCUCAUCCUGACUGUCAGUCUCCACAGGACCCAUGUCUCUAAGGAGUGUUUGUGCAAGAGAUGCCUGUGUGUUCACCGGACAGGGCUAGGGGCAGCAACCACCCACAGCCAGUAUGGCCAGUAUCCAGCAUGCUCCAAGGUUAACUCAAAGGCAUUUAAAACCCAUGUGGGAAUGAAAAGAUAUCCAAUACUGUAGCACAGUGAAUAACAGGGACUAGCUCAGGUUCUUCAGUGCAGAGUGAAUCUGCUGAAAGAAAAAGAGUCAAAGAUGUGGAAAAAAACUGGAACACAGAUAGUGGUCUCAUGCUUCAGAGCAUUUGCUGGUUGCUUGUAGUGACAAGGAAGGACUUUUCCCCCUUGUGAAUGAAGUUGACUUCUGUUGGUUUUAUUUUCAUUUUAUGCUUUGCUCUGAAAUUUGGGAUGUUGGUCACCGCUUAGGUGGGGAUUUGGACUGAGGUGCACCAAUGCUCCUGCUGGUACUUAGUAAACUCCAAGUGCUUCCACUCAGGGUCAGUCCGAUCACCAAAUUUAGGUUCAAGGAGGAAUUUUCUCUCCCUAGAUUGGACUGACAGUGACUGUGGGGGUUUCACCUGUCUCUGAAGCCUGGGCAUGGUCCUCUUCCUAGGAUCCUCUGAGCAUCUCUGAACCAACAACUUCCCUGCUGGCACAAUGGCAGUGCCCUAAGCUCCCUGGAAGGCGUGAGGGUGCUCCUGGUGUUUCGAGUGCUGAGCCUUGAGGUUGUGUGGGAGGUUUGGAGGGGCAACACGGGGGUUCCUUGCAUUAGCGAUUGCCUCUGAGAAGGGGAUUGGACUCUGUGGCCCAGGAGGCCCCGGCCAGUUCUACACUUCUAUAUUUUGUCCAACCCUGGUUGGCUCAGGCCCCUAAAUGGAGGGCAGUUCCUCUGGGCUAGAGGUGGGGAGUGGGAACGGGUCUGCACCUGCAUCCUUGUGAACAGCUCAGGCCAGGAGCAAGGCUCCUGAAGGGGGCUGGGUUUCAAGUCCUGAUUGUGGGGUGUCUGCUGUUACCCUCCAAGAAGGUGCCAACCCAUCUGACACCACACACAUCUUUCAUUUAGCACUCGGUGACUAAUAAACUCCUCCCAGUGUUGCUCUGUCCCACCACACAGCAGCUCAGCUCCACACCGUGCUGGGGAAGCAUCUCCAGGCCCUGCCACUAACCGCUCUCCUUCCUCCAGCCAUUCUGUAAACUCAGGUGGAGCUGCCCCUGUGUCCAUCAGCCAGUGGAGCUGUGCAGUUCUCAAGUUAAUUAGAGCCUGGCUUGUGUGGGCACAGAGGGGAGGCUGGGACUGCAUCCUCCUGACGAAGGGGCAAGGGGAGUGGGCUGGGUUGAUGAGGAUGCUGUUUGUUCAGCUCUUUGUUUGAAAGGUUGGAGACAGAGGCUGAGGGGGGAUGCAAACAGUGCUGCUGACUGCAUCCUGGUAAGUCCUAAUGCUCCUAAUCCACUGGCCACUGAGCAUGGGACUCCAGCAGCCACCUUGCUCUAGGAGACAUUCCUUUCAUUGUCUCCUACAGACGCGCUGCGGGAACCAACACCCUGCUUGGCUCAUCUGCCGAGGAAUCUGGGGCCUCCCUCAGUUUCUGUGAACAAGCACAGUCUGAUAAAAGACUCAAUAAGUAGCUGGAACAAGGAGCCCUGUGAGCAAACAAGACCCUGACCGAAGCUGAGAGCUCCAUCAUCACUCGGGACUGGGCUGGGGAACAGCGUCCGUCUGCCAUGGAGCAAUGCACUGUUUUCUGGCUCUAAAGCUUUCCAGUGGGAGUGCAGAGACGUUUGCCAUAGCUUUCAGCAUGGAGCCCUUCCCCACCUCCCAGCGUGGAGAGCCCAUGCGUAGAACUGGUCACUGGGGUAUUUACCCAAACAGACAACAGCCUGAAUCUGCGGGCAGGGACCCCAAGAGAAGGGGCCCUGCCUGUUAGUUAUCCACCAGAAGGAAGCAAGGUGACCAAUUCAUGUAUCAGACAAACACAUGCAUGCACACUUUGCUUUCCCCUUUACAAUUUCAGGACUGGCGACUGAACUUCCCUUUUUUGCAGAAAGUCCCAGUGCCGUGGACUGAGAAAUUAGUAAAUAAAAAUUAAUACGAGCAAAGCAGACACAAGGGUUACAUUAUUUUC